AUGGUCGUCAAGUGCAUUGUCAUUGGCAGCUUAAAUGGCCAAAUUCGGCCCGUGUUCGCCAAGCUAGCUAAGUUACAGCCAAAGCAGAAUUUCUCCUUCGCAAUCAUUGUCGGUGAUCUCUUUGGCGACGGCUCAACUCAAAAUGAACUCGAAGAGAUCACUGCCCUGAUACAGGGAAAUAUUACUGUGCCAUGUCCAACCUACUUUACCCUGGGCAACCGACCACUUCCCCCUCAAGUGGUCGAAAAGAUUGAAGCAAAUGAUGAAGUAUGCUCCAACCUAUUCUUUCUAGGAAAGCGAGGAACUCUGAAGACUACUGAGGGUAUCCGCAUUGUUGCUCUUGGUGGAAAUAUGGGAGAGGUAGAGGGACGAUCCAAACCUGAGAGCAAUGCCAGUGGCAAAUUCCAGCCGAGCUACAGUGAAUCUGAUGCUCGUGCACUGUUCGGAAUUCACAAAACCGACAUUCUCAUUACCAAUCAGUGGCCUAAAGAUGUCCGUCUAGGAUCUAGCCAGAUUGUGUCUGGAGAUGAGAGUACUGUGCCGUCUGAAUUACAGUGCCUUGCUGAUGUCUGCGCGACCUUGAAACCCCGGUACCACUUUUCUCGGUCAGAUGAUGGUUUCUUCGAGCGUGAACCUUUCUUUUAUAUGCCAACGGAGGAGGGCCAAGAUGGUUACCAAACCACUCGUUUCAUCUCAUUGCCGUCCUUUGGUUCAAGAAAAGAUGCGUUGUAUGCCUUCAACUUGGACCCAACAGCAAUCCCCCCAGCUAGUAUCCCUGUAGGCUGCACCAUAUGCCCUUGGUCGGCCGCACAAAGCAAGCGCAAAAUGCUACCGAGUCAAAAAGAAUCAUUUCAGCGCUUUGCUCCCUCCGACGGAGAGAGAGAUCCGGGACACAAGCGCCGACAUAAACAACGCGCUCCCCCGCCAGGUCCAGAGCAGUGUUUCUUCUGCCUCUCAAAUCCCAACAUCGCCACCCAUCUCGUGGCGUCAAUCGGUAACGACAGCUACAUUACCACUGCGAAGGGACCCUUGCCAUCCAGCAGUUUCUACCCUUCUCUAGGCUUCCCCGGCCAUAUGCUCAUCAUCCCCUUCGAACACACCCCGACAAUCGACCUUAUUUUCGAUCCAGCAACCCGAGCCUCAACUUUCGCCGAGAUGCAGCGGUACCGCGAAUCCUUACACCAGAUGCUGAACGAGCGAUCGGGAGGCAAGCUCGGCGCCGUAACCUGGGAAGUGAGCCGCUCGGGCGGUAUUCAUACGCACUGGCAAUUUCUCCCUAUGCCAGUGGAAAAGAUCCGGAAACGGCUUGUGGAAGCUGCAUUCCAGACUGAAGCCGCAAAUCUGGGGUACGAGAAGUUCAGGACUGUGCCCUCCCGCGACCAAAUUGACAAGCACAAUAUGGACGAUUAUUUCCGCGCUUUUAUCUGGACGCCUGCGCACAGCAGUGAGACUGAAGCUGCAGGUGAAUCUGAUAUGUGGUCUGCACCUAGCCACAAAGGCGUUUACAAGACUGAAUCCGGGGAAGAGAAGAUAACUAUGUUACCGAUCCAGCCCAAUAACCGGUUCGAUUUGCAGUUUGGUCGUCGUGUCAUGGGCAAGUUACUUUUAUUGGAUCAGCGCCUUGAUUGGAAGGAUUGCACGCAGACGGAGGAGGAGGAAACAAAGGAUACAGAUGCUUUUAAGGAGGCUUUCAAAAAACAUGAUUUCACCAUGGAGAUGGAGGAGUGA